AUGGAGGGACAGCAAUCUGAAGGGCAUCCAGUGAGCGACAAUGAAGAGAAACCUAUACAGCCCACCAAUGCAGAUGUAGCAGUAACCAAAUCUCCCAGGAAAGGAAAAAUGACUGUCAAAAGGAAGAGCAUUGCUCAUCCCAAGGAAAAGCAAACUGUUGAUCCUUCCUGGGAUCAGCAGAAUGCAGAGAAAACUGCUGAAGAACAACAAACUAAGGAACCAUUUACCAGGAGAUUACCAAGGACAAGGUCUGGUGUCCAGAGUACUGCGCAAACUGCUCAGCGCAAUGGAAAAAGAAAGCGUCCUGAGCAGCCUGAGACCCACACUGUUACUGAACCCACUCCUCUACCCAAGUUCAUCGACGAUGAAGCCAGAGAAAGAUGGCUUGGUGAUAACCAUGACUUCUGUCAACAAGCCACCUUCGUUGCCAAAAUGAAUCUGCUCGUACCUCCCACUCCUUCAGAAAAUGAAAAUGCACACCGAAAGGAACCUAGAACUGAGCCAACCACUAAGACUACCCCAGAGUACCUUGCCUCCAGUUCUCAACCACAGGACAAGGAAAAAGCUCCGGUAACUGAAGAGGAGGAUGAUGAUGAUGGGGAUGAGGACACUGACGAAGAAGACCCUGCUCAGUUUCGUCUGACUAGAAGAAGGCCUGGAUUCUCCAAAUUCACAUUUUAG